UACAAGCCUUAACUAAAAUGAUGUAAACUUUCGGCAAACGUGAAAAUCUCUUUCUAGUUUAUUCAAACCCUGAUAUUCCUAGCUAUCGAUAUGCGAAGAGGUAACAUCAAUGCUCACUUCUGGUCUCGAACCACGUACAAAGCUGAUAGAAACGAUAGAUCUUCCGGGGAAAGACGCAGAGAAAGUGAGAGGGGUGAAACUUCUAUUUCAUGGCGACGAAGAAGCGAAGAAAAACCAGUUUCUGACGAUAGUGUUACGGGGUCCAGGCAAGAGCCUCUACCCAGACAAAGAUGGACAGAUGCUGACAAGCCCUGUCAAAGUGAUGAUUCUAAAAGGCAUAAAACAGUUAACCUCGAACAAGACACAUAUACUGCACCCCCAAGCAUGCCAUGCUAUACAAAUGCCCAGGGUGUUGGCAGGAACUGGUACUAUACCAGGUGGAGUAGGGACCGGCGGCACAGGGCCAAUAGUGUUCCUUUCAGUGUGAUGUCAUACAAUGUGCUGGCAGACAGUCUUAUGCAGGCACACCCUGGGCUGUAUGAGGGAUGUAAGGAGUGGUGCUUGGACUGGGAAUACAGGAAGAAGAAUCUUUUAAAGGAAAUUCUACAUUGUAAUGCUGAUAUAUUAUGUCUUCAAGAAGUAGAGUCUGAGCACUUUGAUAAUUGGUUUUUCCCAGAACUUUGCAAAGCAGGAUAUAAAGGCUUCUAUAAGAAGAGAACUGGGAAGAAGUUGGAUGGUUGUGCCACAUUCUACAAGAAAUCACGGUUUCAUCACUUACUUACCCAAGAGGUUGAGUUUUGCAGAAAGGACAUCUUGGUCAUGGACAGGGAUAAUGUUGCCUUGAUUGUGGUUUUGAGACCUAGAUAUGAGAAUGGCAAGACAUGCAAUCACACUGCACUCUGUGUGGCCAACACCCACCUAUUAUUCAACAAAAAGCGAGGAGACAUCAAGCUUCUGCAGUUGUCUUCAUUAUUUGCAGAGAUACAGCAAGUGACAUCCAAAGUGUGCUCUUCUGAGGGUUCAAGGGGCAUUAAGCAGUGUGGGGUUAUCCUCUGUGGGGAUUUUAACAUGACUCCAUGGUGUCCACUAUAUAGCCUUGUGGUUCAAGGCUUUUUGGAUUAUGAAGGGAUGAUCAAGACAGCCUUGUCUGGGCAGUGCUCACCUUACAGGAGGUACAACGACAAAGAUAGAUUAUGCAGUGAUAUCAUACCUAGGGAACUGAACCUUAUGUAUGACUGCACUUGGGGACCAGCCAAUAAGAGCACUGAGGAAGAGAAUGUUGAUAAAAAGGAUACGACUCAAAUAGGGACCAAUGUACAAUGCCGGUCACUAGGGCAGACAGCACCCACUGUAAACUUAAAUGAUUGGCCACAAUUAGGAGCUUCAUUAUCUUCAGUCUCGGACACAUCGUCUUGUUGGGCACACUCUGGAAAAAGUACUAUCCCAGUGACAGAAAGUGAUCCACCGGUAGGAGGAUCAAGCACUACUUUGAUCACCACAGCCCCACUGGGUAACAACUCUAAUCUUCAAAGGUGCCCAACAAUCACACACCGACUGAAUUUCUGGAGCGCAUAUAACCAUGCUCACCGUCGAGGAGCCCAUGAAGUGACCACAUACCAUGGCUCCCUGGAGCCAGGCUGUACUGUAGACUAUAUAUUCACCUCUGGCGGGGACUCCGCUCAAGCGUGCAGAUACUGUUUUAAGCGGCAUUGCAUCAUUGAGUUGCGUGGAACAUUAGGGUUGUUGACUGAGGAGCAGAUUAGGCAACUGGGUGGUUUACCCUGUGACAAGCUGUCUUCAGAUCAUUUGGCUUUGCAGGCCUCAUUUUUUCUUCAUUUGUGAGGUUUUAGAUCAUUUAUAGAUAACUUUGUUUCUUCCUUGAAGAAACAGGUCUUCCUUGGCAUCAAGGAUCCACCUGGACAACCAGACUUGGAUGCUACACCUUUUAAAAGAGAGCUGUUUAAUUUAAAUCAUAUGAUUUUAGAUAUAGUACUAUGAAUCUGGCAUGGUGAUGGUUAGAGUCAGGGAAGUACAUAGACAUGCAUUUGCUUUGGCUGAAUGAUAAAAUUUCUUCAUUCCUU